GUGGUUUGGCAACUGUCAACUAAUAACGGGCAACAGGUGCAAACUGAAGACAGGUUCAGCCAAUCAGCUGUUCUUGUUUGUACACGUUCCUGUGUUGUUAUGCUUGCUGGUGGAAGUGAGUGUCAUGCUUGAUUAGAUAACGCAUAAUGACGUCUUACUGAAGUUCGUUUUUGCAGUAGGGCAAAGUGUUUAGGCCUUUGGAUGCAAGAAAAAUGACUGACACAGAAGAAAUAGAUGGAAAUACUAUUUUGGCAGAAGCCUUGAGAGACCAGGGAGUGCAAUAUGUUUUUGGAAUCGUUGGCAUCCCUGUUGUGGAGCUGAGCAUGAGCCUACAGCAGGCAGGAUUGCACUAUGUUGGCAUGAGAAAUGAACAAGCAGCUUGCUAUGCAGCUCAAGCUGUUGGCUUCCUCACUGGUCGACCAGGUGUUUGCCUUGUGGUCUCAGGGCCUGGCUUGCUUCACUGUGCUGGUGGUAUGGCAAAUGCACAGAUUAACUGCUGGCCAUUGAUAGUGAUUGGUGGUUCAGCUCCUCAAGAUCAUGAAGGGAUUGGUGGAUUUCAAGAAUGUCCACAGGUAGAACUGAGCCGCCCAUAUUGCAAAUAUGCUGCUCGCCCACCAAGUCCUUCACUCAUUCCACUACACGUUGAAAAAGCAGUUCGUCUCUCUGUUUAUGGAAGACCAGGUGUGAGCUACCUGGACUUCCCAGGAAACCUGCUUAUUCAACGUGUGCCACGGGACACUGUGGGAUGGAUGCCACCUUGUGCCAGUCCACCUGUUAUCUAUCCAGAUCCAGACCUUAUUCAGAUUGCUGGCCAAUUGCUGACCAGUGCAAAACAUCCACUUGUAAUAGUUGGCAAAGGAGCAGCAUAUGGAAAGGCUGAGCAUGCAGUUAGAGAACUGAUUAAAGCUACGUCCUUACCAUUUUUGCCAACUCCAAUGGGGAAAGGUGUUGUGAGUGACACUGACGAACACUGUGUUGCAUCUGCAAGAACAUUUGCACUUCAAAAUGCUGAUGUCAUACUGCUACUUGGUGCCAGACUCAACUGGAUGCUACAUUUUGGACGACCACCCCGUUUUGAUGCUGCAGUGAAGAUAAUACAGGUUGAUAUUUGUGCUGAAGAGCUUCAUAACAGUGUAGCUUCUGCAGUAGCCAUUCAGUCUGAUGUCCGAGUUGCAGCAACACAAUUGGCAACACUUCUCCGAUCAAAAGCAUGGAAGCUUCCUAAGACAAGUAACUGGUGGAAGUUGUUGGACAAAAAGUGUUCUGACAACAAGAAAUCUGUACAGGCUAUGUGUUUGGACACAACAGUUCCACUGAAUUAUUAUACAGUUUUUCAUCAUAUUCAGGAACUUAUUCCAAAAGACUGCAUCAUUGUGAGUGAAGGUGCCAACACAAUGGAUAUAGGAAGAUCAGUUCUUUCCAACAUUCUUCCGAGGCACAGGUUGGAUGCUGGCACAUUUGGAACAAUGGGUGUAGGACUGGGAUUUGGUAUUGCUGCUGCCUUAUGGUGCAGAACAAAUUCACCAAGUAAACGAGUCCUGUGUGUUGAAGGAGAUUCUGCUUUUGGUUUUUCUGGGAUGGAAAUAGAAACAAUGUUCAGGUACAAACUGCCAGUGAUAAUAAUAAUUGUAAAUAACAAUGGAAUAUAUGGUGGGUUUGAGAAAGAAUUCUUCAAAGACUUGCAGGAAGCUGGAGAAAUUACAAAAGUGACUCCACCAUCUGCUCUGUCAGUAAAUGCUCGAUAUGAUAAAAUGAUGGGCAUAGCUGGAUAUGAUGGUUAUUAUUGUACAACUGUGCAACAGCUCCAGAGUGCUGUCCGGAAUUCGCUAAUGGUGAAUGACCGACCCAGUAUUAUCAAUGUCUCCAUCAAUCCAUCAGCAGAUCGCAAACCACAAAAUUUUGGUUGGCUGACUGAAUCUAAGCUCUGAGAUUCAGCUUUCUUGAAAUUUGUGUGCUGCCUGGGUACUUUUGCAAUGUGCUGAGCUAGGAAGUCUUUGUAUAUUAUGAUACAACUGUUACAGAUAUGUGAUAUUUAGAAUAUCUGUGACUAAAAAGUAUUAUAUUUAAUUGGGAUCCAAUUUAUGUGAAUGUGGUUACAUAUAUAUAUAAAAGGACAAUUUUUAUAUGA